UAGCUCUGUUGUUGUUUGUACGCGAUUUUGCGCUUUAAUUAUUUUCACUAUAUUAGAGUCCACCUAACCUAAGCCUUUAUACAAGAACAAUUAUAAGAAAUUAAAUAUGAUUAUUCCGGUCCGCUGUUUCACUUGUGGUAAAGUGAUUGGAAAUAAAUGGGAGGCCUAUCUUGGAUUAUUACAGGCUGAAUAUACAGAGGGUGACGCAUUGGACGCUCUUGGUUUGAAAAGGUACUGUUGUCGACGAAUGUUGCUCGGCCACGUCGAUUUGAUCGAAAAACUUCUUAAUUACGCUCCACUUGAGAAAUAGAUGUAAUGAAUAUGUAAUUUUAAAGUAGAGUAUUGUAAAUUAUAACUUACGCGUAAGAUAAUAAAUCAUCAAUGACAUAUUUUGUUUUAAGAAUUUUUGUUGAAGCAAAUUAUUAAAAUUAUAAUAUUUUUUUUUAUGAUACCCAGUCAUGAGACG